AUGCGUAUUCGCGAAGCCCGAUACUCUGAGAUUGGCAGACUUGCUCUCAUCGGAGCACGCGCCUUCUUCAAAGAUGACAUUUACGCACAUUUCUAUCCACAACGGUCGUUAUACCCGGACGCAUUUUGCGAAGGCAUUUCUGCCAGUCUGCUCGAUGUUUUCACCCAGCCCGGCGCCAAGAUUCUCGUUGGGGAACUCGAGGACGGCGACAAAAUGCCUCCCCCAGAUCCUUCUUUGGUGGGCCAGAAGAUUGUAGGAUACCUGACGCUCGUUCGGCAUGGAAGCCCAGAGCAAAAGGCCCAUUUUGACGCCGACAGUCCGGAAAAAACCCUUUAUCGGAACCUGCUCGUACGGGAGAAACAGCUUGUGCCGAACAAGGCCAUCGACCAAGCAGCUAUUGACGAUUUCGUCGCAAAGCAACGGCUCGUCGUCGGCUCCAUCGACAAUAGGUUGGAAGCUGUCUCUUUUGCUAUUCUUCCAGAGUUUCAAUCAAUGGGCUAUGGUCUACGUUUUCUACGACUCUGCCGAGAUAUGGCCAACACAAUUGGGGUGGAUUUAGUGGCCGAUGCAUCCAAGAAAGGGUUUCCGAUAUACAUCAAGUUCGGUUCACAACACAUCGGAGACAUUGACGUACCGGCCAAAACGAUUCAAGCGGACGACUCGUCACUCAUUCACCUUCCUCGGCUAAAGGUUCCUGUAGUUCGUCUUCGUCCAACGUCCAAACCUCGGAUCUGA